AACCAUAGAAAGUAAGCUGAGUUUUCUCAUUUCGAUUUAGGGUUCAUUCACAUGGCCGAACCAAAUAGUUUCGCUCUCUCUUCUUCCUUCCUCAAACAAGUUUACUUGUACGAUUGGUGGUUGAUUAAGGUUGAAAUUGGUGAUGGAAUCAAGCGAUUGGGUGUUGGAGGUUUUACUGCAAAAGAGAGACCAGAUGGAAGAGUUUUCCACUCCACAAAAAUUGCGAAGAGGCAUGAUUCUGUCACUUUAGUGACAGUGGAUGGCAUCACCAUUCUUUUUAGCGGUUUCAUUAAUAGGUGUCGAACUCUUCAAAAUGGCUUCUCAUCAGAGGUUUGCAAGCAGUUCCUUCUUGGAUUUCCAUACAACUGGGAAGAGUCUGCUGCUGUAUCAUUUGGAGAAUCAACCAAUGAAAGUGCAGCCUCUGGAAUUUCUGAUUUCUCAGAGUCAGCAAACGCAUCAGCUGAUCGCGCAAGCAGCUCCUUUUCCAUGUCUGUUGAUCAUCUUCCUGCCAAUGUUCUACGAGAUCUCUUAAUAUCGAGUGCUGGUGAUCCAGAAGGCGGCAUGCUAAGAAAGAGUAUUUUUAAUGAAAUAGUGCAGAAAUAUGGUAACAAUGCUUUUACCGUUGACGAAGCUUCUUCUUUGAACCAAAAAAGUGGUAAUCAGGUCACAACCCAAAGUCGUUCACUGAAUGAAAGUCCUAGUCAAAAGAAGAAAGCUAAAACAAACCGUAAGCAAGAGGAUAAACGUAUACCAGAUGCAAAAUCUGGUAAAGAAGACUUGCAGGAAUCUACUCCAAAGGAUAUGCCAGGAAAGAGAGUUUUGGAUAGGCUACUGCAUAGACGUGGUGACGAUGUUCGUAUCGUUGGUGAAAAUUCUUGUUUGAACCAAAAAAUUGCUAAUCAAGUGAUAAGCAGAGGUCCUUCACUGGAUGAAACUCCUUCUCAAAAGAAGAAAACUGCACCUAAUUUGAGGAACGAAGAUGAUAACCAUGUGUCCGAUGCACAAUGUAGAAAAGAAGUGCUUCAGAAAUGUAAUGAUGAGAGUGGAACAGAUAUUGAUAAGAAUAGCUUAAGUAGCAGCCCUUUAACAAGAGGUAAAGCUAGCUUAUAUAAGAAAACCGAAGUUCACCAGAAGCAAGAAGAAAAGAGAGAUGUGAACAAAGUAUCUGAACAAGGAGAUUUUGGGAUAGUUAACACCACUAGCUCGAGUAAUGGUCCAUUGACAAGAAGCAGAGCUAAAAAACAAGUUAAAAGAACAAGUUCAAGAAGGAAAUAGAUAUCUGUGAAGGUGUUAUGGGAGUUUUUGUUGUUGUUGUUAUGGGAGUUUUGUUGUGCAGAUUAGCUACCCCUGGAUAUUAAUCUGGAAAUUCCUCAAAUCAUAACGUUUAUGGAUUUGUCACUAUGUUAUUGUAGUCCAAAAGGGAGAUUAAUUUUGAAUGUUAUGUUUUCCUUGUUUUUUUUAUAGAUUACAUCACACCUCCUGAAUUUUGUGGGUAUCAAAUGGUCCAUGCCUGGGAGUACACAUGAUCUUUUCCGAUGUUGAUGCAAGUAUAGACAAGACAAAAUAAGAAAUAGCUGGUGGAAUACUGUUCCUUGUUUCUGGUGUGUGGUUUGGAUAGAAAGGAACUCCAUGUGUUUUGAAGAGAAGCACAAAUCAUUACAGACGAUCAAGUUGUAUUGUCUUUUGUUGUUUCAUUCUUGGUGUAAAUUGAAAUAUGCUAACGAGACAGAGACUCUAUUAGAGUUCAUAUAGCUGAUGCUGUAUUUUGGACCUUGUCAAAGCUAUUGCAUUAUAUUUGAAAAUUCAGCACAUAUUUUUCUCUAUUUCUUUCAGCUUCAUUUCAUCUAAUAUUUCCCAACCUUAUAUCUCUUCUUUUACUGCAGAUAAGUUGGCAAGGUAGACAGCUCUAAAACAGAGGUAGAUCAAGUUGACACAAUUAACAAGUCAAAAAGACUCAAAACUACAUGGAAAGGACAAGAAACUAUACUAUUGUCAAAGCCAUCUUGAAGAAGCAAAAGUUUCAAAGUCCCCUCUACAAAUCUAUAUACUAGAUUUUCCUCGCCGUUGCCAAAAGGAGAAACUUGGGUUUAUUGCUCAUAAUCAAGAAUCAAACUCUAUGGAGAGUUAUGGUGUCGAGACUUCCAUGCAUGUCGACACUGCAGACUUCAUCGUUCACACGUUGGACCAAGUCUAUUUAUGUAUGGAAUUAUGGACACUUAUUUUUGUGAAGGAUUGAAAGUGAAAAUAUAAUGGAUUGGGGUAUCAAGUUUGUGUGUUUAUACGUGAUGUCAGUGUAAAUAAGUUAAAUCCUUAUUUUAUUGUGUAAUUACAAUGUAUUGUUUGUGACAAGCUGGGUUGAUUGGUUUGAAGGAAUAGGAAAGAAAGAUUAAAUGAGUGAUUUAAGUAAAAAUCAUGUUUAUUUUAUAAUACAUUUGAAGGUUUGUGUA